UUAAAUAGAGGUAGUGGGAGAACACUGUUUUCGAGUUACUAGCAUGAGGGGAUUAAGUUAGACACCCCUGUUCAUGGUUAAAUUAACUUCAAAUUAAAACAUAUAGGAAACUUUAUAACACGAAUAAAAUUCAUAAUAAAUAGUCUAGGGAAAUUUUAUACUUUCCCUAUGUAAAUACAUGAAGUUUAUAUGCUGAAUGUAGUAUGACGAGUUACAUAUGCAUGUAUACAUGCUUUGUUAGUGUAUGAGAUUGAACAUCAGUGUGUUUAUGUCAUCUCCCGCGCAAAAACGUUAGAAGUUUAAUGUUCAGCAAAUUAAUUUUUUUCAAUAGCAGAUAAUAUUUUGACAUCUGAAUGUUCACCGAUAAAAAGUUAUGGGUACAAUAGAAGUCACGUUUCCAGUUGGUGGACAACCAGGAAAAAUAUUAAAAUGGAGGGUUCGAAUGGAUGCGAUGGUUUCAGCGGGCAGAGUAUUGUUUUUAUAUCAGAACAUUACUCCAGGUACCGAAGAUGUCAAGGGCCCUGAGAAAAAGUAUCGGGCCACACGAUUUGGUCGUGUCACGAAAUUAUUGACAAAAGAAGGGGAUAUUGUUGAGCCUGGGCAAGUGAUAAUGAUAUUAGAAGGAUGUCGACAUCCUACUGUAAUGAAGGAUUUAUGUGCUGAAUGUGGUGUAGAUUUAAGGGUUGAAGGAGUUGGUAAAGAGAGCAAGAAUGUGCAAAUAUCUCAAGCUAGUGUACCAAUGGUACAUAGUGUCCCAGAAUUAAAAGUAUGCCCAGAAUUAGCUGAAAAAAUUGGAAAACAAGAUGAACAACGUCUUUUGAAUGAUCGCAAAUUAGCAUUGCUUGUUGAUCUUGAUCAAACAAUUGUUCAUACAACAAAUGAUAAUGUUCCUCCAAAUAUGAAGGAUGUUUAUCAUUAUCAACUCUAUGGACCAAAUUCUCCGUGGUAUCAUACCCGUUUAAGGCCUAAUACUAGACAUUUUCUUUCUGAGAUGAGUCGUUUAUAUGAACUGCACAUAUGUACAUUUGGAGCAAGAAAUUAUGCACAUACUGUAGCAGGAUUGUUAGACAAAGAUGGAAUUUUAUUCUCUCAUAGAAUACUUUCAAGGGAUGAAUGUUUCGAUCCUGCAUCAAAGACAGCUAAUCUCAAAGCUUUGUUUCCAUGUGGAGAUGAUUUAGUAUGCAUUAUAGAUGAUAGAGAGGAUGUAUGGCAAGGGUGUGGUAAUUUGGUCCAAGUGAAACCUUACCAUUUUUUUCGACAUACUGGUGACAUACACGCGCCACCAGGUUUAGAAAAAAAUGAUGUUCCCGUUUUACCUGAAUUACAAAAUACAAAUGAACUUUGUACAGAAGAGAAUCAAAAUGAAACAAAUAAAAAUGGUGCAUCUGAAGUACCAAGAGAAAUCAUUGUAGAUAAUAAUUCUGAAAACGAAGUCCAGGAAACGACUGAAGAUAAGGAAAAUAUUUGUCAAAGCGAAGAAAAAAAAGAUGAAAUUACCAAAGACAACAUCAAGGACAAUACAAAUGAAGGUUCUAAUUCUAAUACUGAAAAUAGUGAUAAAAUGUCAAAAGGAAACGAUGAAAAUAAGGAUAUUGAAAUACCAGUAGAAAAAGAACUAAACAAAGACAAUAAAACAUUAGAAACAGAAGAUGAAAACAAAGAUAAAAUAUUAGAAGAAAAAGAAAUACCACCAACACAGACAAAACAAGACAGUAAAAAAAAAGAUAUGUCAACCGAAAAUAAUGUUACGGAUGAAGAUGAUGAUGAUUAUUUACUAUAUUUAGAAGAUAUUCUUCGAAGGAUUCAUACCGAAUUUUAUGCUAAUUAUGAUAAGAAAAAUGGGCGCAAAUCAUUGAGAGAUAUUAUUCCACGGGUACGAGCGCAAGUAUUGAAAGGAGUGCAUUUAACUUUCAGUGGAUUAAUACCUACUAAUCAAAAACUCCAACAAAGUCGAGCAUACAAAGUUGCUAGAGCAUUUGGAGCAGAAGUAGCACAAGAUUUGACAGAUAAAACUACACAUUUAGUGGCUAUUAGACCUGGUACUGCUAAAGUUAAUACAGCUAAGAAAAAUGGAAAUAUAAAAAUUGUAAACCCAGAUUGGCUUUGGACUUGUGCAGAACGUUGGGAACAUGUUGACGAACGUUUAUUUCCUCUAACUAUAAAGGCUCGAGCUUCUAGGAUACCACCCCCACAUUGUAGCAGCCCCGAACGUGUUGAGGAAGAAGAAAGGAGGAUAGAAAAUAGUUUUGCCGAUAGUAUUAACCCAUUAAUGUCAUUUACACCGGAAGAGUUAGAAAUUAUGGAUAAAGAAGUUGAAGAGGAUAUGGAUGAUCAAGAAAUGGAACCACCUGUUUUCGACAUUGAAGACGAAGAUGGUAUAGGAGAGUGUAAUAAAGAAACACGACAAAAGAGUUCCGAUUCUGAAGAUUUUAUGCACGAAGAACGAGAUGAUGCAAAUGAACCGGUAAGAAAAAAAAAGAAAUUUUCUCAUGAAAGUAGUGAAGAUGAUUCAUCAAGUGGUAAAGAAGAUACUAUGGAUGACGACGACGACGACGACGACGACGACGAUGAUCCUGUAACUCGUUUUAGAAGAGGUGAAGAUUUGCCCGAUGAUUUAGAUUUAGGAGAUAAUUCUCAAGAUUCAAUUGAUGAUCUUGAAUUAAUGGACAAUGAAGAUGACCGAGAAUGGAAUGCAAUGGGAGCUGCCCUCGAGAGAGAAUUUCUUUCUGAAUAAUUUAUUACAAAAUUGUUUGUUUAUCCAUAAACUAAUCAAAUUACAUUAUUUGUAAAUUUCACAUUGAUCGAUUUUAGUAAUAACAAUUACUGAUUAUAUUUAAAACAAUUACUGUAUUUGUAGAAUGUCUUAAUCAAAUAGUUUAAUGAAAUUUCACUGAGAGCAUAAAAGAAUAAUGUACAAUUUGAAUAAGGAAGAAUGCAAAGAAAGUGUUUGUAUUUAAUUAUUGAAUUGAAAAUAUAUGCACAAAGACCAUAUAUAGGAUUAAUAAUGUAAUUUAUAUAAAUUUUUACUUUAAUGUUGUUUCCCUUCUCACUUUUUGAACAAGAACUAAUUUAUGUGAAAAUUAAAAAUUUAAAUAACAUUAUUUUGUAAUGUGAACACCUUCCUAUUUUUAAAACACUUUUUUCUAUGCAACAAUGAAACCAGAUUUUUAUACCU